CGACAAUCUUCCCCUCCCUCCGUCGAAUCCCCCCCCCCCACUAUUUAUACGCCACUCCAAACCCGUAGCUUUCACACAGAUCUCCCGGUGAUUCAUCAAUGGCGGCCUACACUUCCUCUGUGCCCGCCACUCCUCUUCUGAAAGACGAGCUCGAUAUCGUGAUCCCCACGAUCCGGAACCUGGAUUUCCUGGAGCAGUGGAGGCCGUACUUCCAGCCCUACCACUUGAUCAUUGUCCAGGACGGAGAUCCUUCCAAGGUCAUCAAGGUCCCCCAGGGAUUCGAUUAUGAGCUCUACAACCGCAAUGACAUUAACCGGAUCCUCGGCCCCAAAGCCUCCUGCAUCUCCUUCAAGGAUUCCGCUUGCCGUUGCUUUGGAUACAUGGUCUCCAAGAAGAAGUAUGUCUACACCAUUGACGACGAUUGCUUUGUAGCUAAAGAUCCUUCUGGAAAGGAAAUUAAUGCGCUGGAGCAGCACAUUAAGAACCUGUUAUCUCCAUCAUCUCCAUUCUUCUUCAACACAUUGUAUGAUCCCUACCGAGAGGGAGCAGACUAUGUGCGCGGGUACCCCUUCAGUCUCAGAGAUGGUGCCCCAACCGCUGUUUCUCAUGGCCUGUGGCUUAACAUCCCAGAUUACGAUGCCCCAACCCAGCUUGUCAAGCCCCUUGAGAGGAACACUAGGUAUGUUGAUGCGGUGAUGACUAUACCAAAGGGAACCUUAUUUCCAAUGUGUGGUAUGAAUUUGGCAUUUGACCGUAAUCUGAUUGGCCCUGCCAUGUAUUUCGGACUAAUGGGCGAUGGGCAGCCUAUUGGUCGCUAUGAUGAUAUGUGGGCUGGCUGGUGUACCAAGGUGAUCUGCGACCACUUUGGGUGGGGAGUGAAGACAGGACUGCCGUACAUUUGGCACAGCAAGGCCAGCAAUCCGUUCGUGAACCUUAAGAAGGAAUACAAGGGGAUCUAUUGGCAGGAGGAGCUCAUCCCGUUUUUCCAGUCGGUCACCCUCCCAAAGGAGUGCACCACCGUGCAGUCGUGCUACCUUGAGCUGGCCAAGCAAGUGAAAGCCAAGCUUGGCAAGGUUGAUGCUUACUUCACCCAGCUUUCUGAUGCCAUGGUCACUUGGAUUCAUGCCUGGGAUGAGCUCAACCCGCCGCCACCCACCACUGCCACCCUCCCCAAUGGAACCUCCACAAAUGGCUCCAAGUCGUCGUAAAGCUAUCUUUCCCAGGAGGCCAUGCUUGGACUUGUACUUCCGUUAUAUUCUAGGCUUUGUGUAAGGAUCCGAGAGAGUACUUUUUUUCUGUCUUUAUUUAUUCUUCAAUAUUAUGAAUUUCAAACCAUAUCUUUUUUUCCAGCAUUAGAGUCUAUAUCUAUAUGAUACACAUACACACAGUGAGAAAGUGAAUUUUUAUUUUUGUUACUACAGAAGUAUGGAUUAAUCAUAUGUUGUUAUACAUGGGGCUCUGAUUGUUUGUC